UUAGUCCUGGUUUAGACCUGGUUUAGCCUUGGUUUAGUUUUGGUUUAGUCCUGGUUUAGACCUGGUUUAGUCCUGGUUUAUGACAGUUUAAGUUGAAUAUAUUUACUGAAGUUCCAUCCUGGGCUGUGUGUGUUGUUGUGUUGUUGUGUCAUUGAGCAGGACACGUGUGUUUAGGAUUUAAACGUGUUAAAUAUAAUCUAUAUAUUAUUAUAAAAUCAAUCAAACUGAAUGGUGAGAUCCUCUGAAGAGUCUGGUCUCUGGUCUUUGGUCUUUGGUCUCUGGUCUCUGGUCUCUGCUGCAGGUCCAGACUCUGGACUCUUCAUGGACUUUAUGAAGAGUCACAGCUGCUACGAGACCAUCCCCACCAGCAGCAAAGUCCUCCUGCUGGACACCAAACUCAAGGUGAAAGCGGCGUUCGUGGCUCUGGUGUGUAACGGGCUCAGAGCUGCUCCUCUGUGGGACAGCAGGAGGCAGCACUUUGUGGGGAUGUUGACGAUCACAGACUUUAUCAACGUCCUGCACUGUUUCUACAAGUCCCCCCGGUUGUGUGAGUUGGAGCGUCAUCGCAUCGACACGUGGAGAGGUCUGGCCUUUCAAAAAGUUUAUCUGAAGAAUUCUCAUCAUCGUCUCAUCAGCGUCUCUGCAAACUCCAGUCUGUUUGAGGCGGUCUUUUUGUUGCUCCGGUUUAAGAUCCAUCGUCUUCCCGUCGUGGAUCCGGAGUCUGGAAACGUUCUCCACAUCCUCACCCACAAACGCCUCCUCAAGUUCCUCCACCUGCACUUACAGACCCUCCCCAGACCCGGGUUCUUGGACCGGUCGGUCUUGGACUUGGGGAUUGGGACUUUUUCAGACUUGGCCGUGAUCCGGGACUCGGACCGUCUGAUCUCGGCUCUGACUCUGUUUGUCCAACGACGAGUCUCAGCUCUGCCUGUGGUCGACCAGCAAGGUCGGGUGGUCGGGUUGUACUCCAGGUUCGACGUCAUUAACCUGGCGGCGCAGAAGUCCUACUCAGACCUGGAGGUGACGAUGAGGGAAACUCUGAGACGAAGAACCUGCUUCAUCGAGGGAGUCAUCAAGUGUUACCCCCAAGAACGUCUGGAGACCGUUCUGCACAGGAUCGUCCAGGAACAGGUCCAUCGUCUGGUCAUGGUGGACUCUUCAGACCGGGUUCUGGGGAUCGUGUCGCUCUCAGACCUGCUCCAGGCUCUGGUCCUGAGUCCGGCCGGGAUCAACGCUCUGCUCCCAUGAUGCACCUGGGCCACACCUCCUGGAAGGUCCUGAGGGAGGG